GCUGCGGGGCGGGCGGGCCGGGCUCGGCCGCCGGGCCCGGGGUUUGCGGGGGGUAGAGCGGGGAGGCUGUGGCUGUGCCCGCCCGACUCUCGGGCGGCGGCAACUUGGCCCGCACGCGGGCGACCCGCGGCCGCAAACUUGCCGCCCCGAGCCCUGCGCGGAGCGAGGGGCGCAGCCAGAACCGCCCCUCCCCGUCCCCUCCGGCCGGGGGAGCGGCGCGGCGGGACCCUGCUGCCCGCCUCCUCCCCUCACGGCCCCGCCGCCGGGGGCUGUUCGGUGGCCGCUGCCGGGACCCCCCCGCACCCCGCCCGGGCACCCCGGCCCCCCGCACCCGCCCGCCGCAGCCGAAGUGGGACUAAGAUACCAAGGCAGAUUGAGAUUCUGUGCAGUGUGGUUAAAUGGUGAGCAGAAUUUUAAAAAUAACCUUUUUGAAGACUCUGAUGCUGGUCAUACUGGCUGAUACAAGACAAGUGUCUUUCCCCUGACUUCUCAGCAGAACGUGUGGAUGUUCCCCAUGUUACUCAAGAUUGAUUCUCCAGUCAAGCUCCAGGUGCGCUUGUUUGAGUAGCCUCAACCUCCCUAUGGGCUCAACAAAUGUAUCACAAAAUGGCAUUGCUUACUGGGAAUGCAGAUCCUGAGUUCAGCUCCUACUCCUUCAAUAACUUGGAAAACCUGUGUGAAGUGCAAACCAAGAAAGGAUUCUUCUACAAAAAGGCCAAACUUCUGCACCCUGGGGAAGACUUGUGCUGCUUAGCACGCCUGGAUGACCGGACCAGGUUUGUGAUCAUCAACGUAGGUGGAAUUAAAUACAAAAUUCCAUGGACCACCCUGGAGAACUGCCCCUUGACCAGGCUUGGGAAGCUAAAAUCUUGCAACAAUUAUGAUGAGAUCAUGAACAUCUGCGAUGAUUAUGACGUUAGCUGCAAUGAAUUUUUUUUUGACCGCAAUCCUAGUGCCUUCAGGACGAUCAUGACUUUCCUGACAGCUGGGAAGCUGAGGCUUCUCAGGGAGAUGUGCGCUCUUUCUUUUCAGGAGGAGCUUGUGUACUGGGGGAUAGAAGAGGACCACCUGGAGUGGUGCUGUAAAAAGAGACUGCAACAGAAAGAGGAGGAGGCAGCCGAGGCCAGACUGUAUGAAGGGGAGAUGGUAUUGAGUGAAACUACGCAAUGUGCCUUCCAGGACAGUAGCCGAUUGAGUUUGUGCAUGCGAAAGCUCAGGGAUAUGGUGGAGAACCCCCACUCAGGGAUCCCAGGAAAGAUCUUUGCUUGUGUUUCAGUCUCUUUUGUUGCCAUCACUGCAGUCAGCCUCUGCAUCAGCACCAUGCCAGAUGUCAGAGAAGAAGAAGAUCGGGGCGAAUGCUCACGGAAGUGCUAUGACAUCUUUGUGCUGGAGACCGUGUGCGUGGCGUGGUUUUCAUUCGAGUUCCUGCUGCGAUCCAUCCAGGCGGAGAACAAGUGUGCUUUCCUGAAAACCCCGCUCAACAUCAUCGACAUCCUGGCCAUCUUGCCUUUCUAUAUCUCUCUCCUCGUCGAUACGGUCUCCCCGAAAAACAGCAGCAGGCCCGGCGUGGGAGCCGGGAACAAGUACCUGGAACGAGUGGGGCUGGUGCUGCGGUUCCUGCGGGCUCUGCGCAUCCUCUACGUGAUGAGGUUGGCGCGGCACUCGCUGGGGCUGCAGACGCUGGGGCUCACCGUGCGCCGGUGCACCAGGGAGUUCGGGCUCCUCCUGCUCUUCCUCUGCGUCGCCAUGGCCCUCUUCUCGCCACUGGUGUACCUGGCGGAGAGCGAACUGGGAGCCAAGCAGGAAUUCACCAGCGUCCCCACCAGUUACUGGUGGGCUGUGAUCUCCAUGACAACUGUGGGCUACGGAGACAUGGUGCCUCGUAGCAUCCCCGGGCAGGUGGUAGCCCUGAGCAGUAUCCUGAGUGGGAUUUUGCUGAUGGCUUUCCCAGUCACGUCCAUCUUUCACACUUUUUCCCGUUCCUACAGCGAGCUGAAGGAGCAGCAGCAACGAGCAGCGGGCAGGCAGAUGCACCAGCGAGAAGGCAGCACCAAACUCCCCGGGGGGGACAGGCCACCGGGGCUCAGUGUCACAUUCCCACCAGGAGCUGCUGGGCCCGAGGGUCAGCCCGCGGCAGACCGCGAAGCCACGGGAAGCUGCUGACCCUGAGCAGCCGAAGAUGUAUGUUGGCAGCACAAGAAGCAGUGGACAAGGUGCUGGUGGGGGUCAGUCCUGCAAGAAGAACCUCCUGGACUGUGUAAACGGCGGGGCAGGCACACACAAGGUUGUCUCUGAAGGCCAACUUUGGAUCUUAAGGGCCCUCCGAAAAGGGCCCCUAGAAACUCUACCAAGUACAGCUCUGCUCCAUCGCUUUUCCUAGGGCUUUUCUUUUCUAUCACACAGGUUUUUCCGGCAGCCCCCUCAGAGCAGCCGUUGAAGGCAGCCGGCCGGGAGGACGUAAGGUGCAGCCCGGCCCGUGCCGGGGGCCGUUCGGCACAGCGGCCAGCCCCGGCCCGGCCCGUACCAACAAGGCACACAAAGCUCAGCCGAGCCGAGCUCUGAAGGCACGACCAGGGCAGAAACGUCCCUUCAGCUUCCCCAGGGGCUUGGGUUUGGCUGGUUUGCAAACCAGGCAGCGCAGCCUGGGCUGCCAGCAAUGCCCCGGGCGCUAGCGCAGUACGCAUUAUGUAGUAAAUACGCGUAUUUACCACCCUAAGCUUUGUGUCGUAGCCCCGUGACAGAAAUACAUACCUAGACAAUCUUCCUGACUGAACGGUGGUUUCUUUUUGGUUUUGUUUUUUUUUUUUUCCUUUGCUAACAGUUGAAUAUAACAAAUACCUUUACAGAUCAUGCCAUUUCUCCACUUUUCUGUUAACUAUUUCCAUCUCUCAUAUAGCGAAACAAGCGUUGAACAGCUGACCAAACCUGAACUACACGCAGCCCAAGAAGGGGAGAGGGACGUUAAACCAGCAGCAGCUCCCAGCUCUGCAUGUUCUCCCGCAGCGGCGGUGGCUGCUCUGGCAGCAGCCAUGUGCAAACGGGGCUCACCCAAACCCACUGAAGCCUGUGAGAUGCCUUCAGCGGGCUCUGCCCCGAGCUGCAGCGCAGCAGCUCUGUGUUAGGAGUAGUAUUUUUUUUUUUUUUUUUUUUUUUUUUUUUUUUCCCCCUACUAAGAAGACGACAAUCCUGUCAUUGAAAAAUGAGGAUGAUGGUUCUGGCUCUUCUUCCUAAGUCUCAAAAGUCGGUUUAAAGGGCAAAUGAAUCCUGUGGUGGCACCUGCGUGUCUCACGGGUGCCGGCGGGGUGAGCUCGCCGCCCCCUCCCCGGAGGCGUGGGGUGUUCGGGUGCUUCUACAAGUGGGACACGAGUGGGAUGGGGCAAAAUGGAGCGCAACUGCCUCGUGUACCUACAGCCCCGUUUGUGUUAAAGCCGUGCAGUGUUACCCUCCAUAUUCUCCUCCUGCCAGGAAGGGAACAAAAGCUGAUGUAUUGAAGAUGGGAUUUGUUUGGUUUGGGUGUGUUGUUUUUUGGGUUUGGUUUUUUUUUUUUUUUUUGCCUCAGCAUAUGUUGUAACGCCAACCCUACAUUAGCAAACCCGCAGUAUUAAGCCAUUCCUUAUAGGAAUGGAGCAAGGGAAAAUAAAAGCUGACAGUUUAUUUUAAUAAAAAUUAGAAGCUUU